CGUUUAGGAAGCUUUGGGGAGUUAGGUCAAGCAUAGAUGGUAUGCUAGUUGAGCUGCACAGUGCUAUUACAAAGCCAUACGGGUUGCUUUAUGUAAGUGAUGUUGGAGAUGCGGCCCCUUAGCGGGCUGCAAGGAGGGUUGGUGGCUAUCCAAUGGUCUCUGCGUACUCCACAGCGAGGUGAGUGUCGGGCGCAUCUAUCCUGAUACCCGGUGUGCUUGGGCGCUGGAACAUACGUGUCCAGUUGGGGGCUGAGAGCUCAAAGAUGAUCAUAAAAGGGACCAAAGCAGCGUCACCUCGGUCCCACAUCAUCACUUCGAAUACUAGUCCAUCUCAACCCUCGGAAAACAACCACACCAUGGCUCAACCAGCACACAGCGAAGCAUGCUGCACGAUCCCGCCCGUCUCAGCCGACUAUACGGAGAAGGGCAAGUUCAUUGAGAUCGAUGGACUGAAAACUUAUGCCACUGGGCCCGAAGACGCCUCAAUCGUCAUCAUCCUCAUCUACGACGUCUUCGGCUUCGGGCCUCAGAUCCUCCAGGGCGCCGAUCUCCUCGCCCACCCCUCUAAGCACCCCUAUCGCGUCCUCAUCCCCGACUUCCUCGCCGGGAACCUCGCCAACCCGGCAUGGUUCCCCCCCGACACCCCCGAGAAGCGCACAGCUAUGGGUACUUACUUCGGCCCUCAGGGGCCUGGCAAUGCUGCAACCAUGUUGGCGUCGUUGAUGGGUGUAGUCAAAGCGAUCAAGACGGCCGACACUGUGAACACGCUGGGCGUUGUUGGAUAUUGCUGGGGUGCCAAGAUCGUAUCCCUCUCGUGUGCCGCGGGCACCCCCUUCGCGGCUGGCGUCGAGCUCCACCCCUCCGGCCUUGAUACGGCUGAUGCGCCCAACAUCACCGUUCCGCUCUGCAUGCUAGCGUCUGAGGAUGAAGAUGCGGAUGCUGUGAAGGCGUUUGGAGAAGCGCUGACGGUGCCGAAGCUUGUGGAGAGGUUUGAAGGGGCGCCGCAUGGGUGGAUGACUAGUCGUGGGGACUUGAGCGAUGUGAAGGGGAAGGCGGAUUAUGAGAGGGGUUAUGCUACUGUCAUGACGUUUUUUCAUGAGCAUCUUUAGGCUGGGGUGGGUCAAAGCAUGAAGGGGCUUGGUUACGGAGGAGGGAAUCAGGAAUCAUGCAUGAAGGUUGAAACGUGGGGCUUUAUCGUCAGCUUGGCCGUUGUAGGAGGAUAUAACAUUACAUCAAAUAGGGAACCGCGAAAUGCAAACACUCAAUUUUUCCCUUAGAUACGAGUGUAAAGGGGCCCUAUUGAUUUCGAGAGCUCAACACUUGAGUAGGCUAAAACGUCGC